AAGAAAGAUUGUUCUAUGAUUUUGAAAUGUGCUUGUGGAUGGUUUAACACUUAAACACGUUCAUAUUUCUGUUCAUCCCCAUUUUGGAGUUGCUUGCAUAAUCAGUUGUGGAACUUCUGGGAGGUUAGUAGCUUAAAACUGGAAUUAAUUACUGACAAUUCUUGCUAUCAUCCUACCAAUUCAUGUUUAAAAUAAUUUUAUUUUGUUUUGAAAAUCUAUACAUAUCUGUGCCAAUUGCAUGUCUUAUUGACAUUUAUAGUAGUGUUGAUAAGCCAUUUCUUACAUAGCACAACUAAUAUACCAAUAGUGCACCUUACCUCCAUGAAAUAUAUCACCUUACCUAUGUGAAAUAUAUUUCUUCUUUUCUGUUUGGAGGACUUUCACAUAGAUUUUGAUCCUUUAUGGUGCAAAAUAUGCAUGUUUCAUCAUUUUUUAAUGUACAUAACACAUCAAAUGCAAACAUUGUUAAACUAAGUGUUUCCUUGGUUAGAUUUUUGUAAUUUAUGUUGUUUAUUUUUCGUCUGGUUCAACUAAAUGCUUUAUUAGCGAUUUUUGUCUUCUACGAUGGCAUUCUUUUUUAAGAAAUUGGAAAAUAAUUUAUGGCGAAUCAUCUCGAGUAAACCUUUUUUGCGAGCUAUGAAUCUUUGGUCUUUAAAUGUUAAGAGUGCCAUUUUGCAAGUCUCAUAUUGUGGCUUCGAUUUGAUAAGAAUCUUUGUUUUGACAGCACUACUACAAAAAUGCUUAAAGAUCAUACUUAAGAAACUAAAACAUGAAACUUUUAAUGAAAAUGUGAUUAAAAAAAUCAAAUUAAUAUUUUAAUCACACCUAAUUUAAUUAAGUGUGAUAGUAUUUAUUUUUUGUCACUUUUUAAUUAAGGAAUUUCUUGCACCAAUUCCCAAGUGACCUCCAUGUAAUGCAAUCAUGUUCUACUAUUUUAAAAAACUUGACAAUCUUUGAUCUUGAACCAGUUAACUUUCAAUUUCAGGAUACUAGCAGGCAUGGAUUUGACGGGUUCCCUUUCCAGUGACAUCCUAUCAUUAUCUGAAUUGCAAUAUCUGGAUCUAUCUAACAACAAGGGUCUGACUGGAACUCUUCCAUCAUUGAUCGGGAAUUUGAAUCAGCUUACAACCUUAAUCCUCAUUGGUUGCAGUUUCUUUGGUCCAAUUCCGGACUCAAUAGGAUCUCUGCAGCAACUGGUCUUCUUCAUUGUCUGCAGAGCUCUGAAUGCGAACAACUUCAGUGGACCAAUCCCGCCUUCCAUUGGUAAUUUGUCUAAUCUUUCAUGGCUAGAUUUAACUGAGAACCAGCUUAAUGGAACAAUUCCAGUCUCUAGUGGGAGCACAACUGGUCUGGAUAUGCUAGUUAAAGCAAGGCACUUGUAUGUCUCACCUCUUUGAAAUAUCAAACUUAAAUUUUAUUUUAUUUUUUUCAAAUUCUAUAGCGACCCCGGUCUUCUCCCAUUUGAUUAUUGUAUCCGGGCUUAGGUUCCGUAGAUUCUGUCAUUGUAUUAUUGUUGUUAUUGUCCCUUAUUUGCUCAUUUGGACUUAUAAGAUGUGUUGGGCAGGUUUGUUUCAGGUUGGUUGGGUUUAGAAACCAAGUGUUGCCGUCCAGAAUUUU